AUGCUUGGCUUACAAAUGCCUACAAAUGCCAAUGCGCCUCACCCACCGGCUCCGGCCGGUUCUCAUCUCAAGCAAGCAACUCCAACAAGUUACAAUACGCCUCGUCAGCCCUUUCUGACUGCAACCUCGCAACGGCAUCGAGCUCUUUGCCCAGGCAGCCGCCAUGCUGGGUCCUCCCGUAAACUUGCCCAAGUGAGCCCAGCCGCGUGCGUGUACGAUGCUAACCCGGGUUUCCGAGCAUCCAGGCUGGAGGAGAACUCGCACCUGCUCCAGCCACCAGUCAACAACUACUGCGUCUGCAGCGAUGGUUUCACCGUCAUGAUUGUGGGCGGCCCCAACGCCCGCACCGACUACCACGUCAACCAGACGCCAGAGUGGUUUUACCAGUACCGCGGCGCAAUGAUGCUCAAGGUCGUCGACGGCGGCACCUUCCGAGACAUCAUCAUCCGGGAGGGCGACAUGUUUCUGCUGCCGGCCAACACGCCUCACAACCCGGUGCGCUUUUCCGACACGGUGGGCGUCGUUGUCGAGCAGUGCCGUCCCCCAGAGUCCAUCGACCGCAUGCGGUGGUACUGCGCAUCCUGCGAGGGCGGCGUCGUUGUUCACGAAGCUGCCUUCCACUGCACCGACCUGGGGACGCAGAUCAAGCAGGCAGUGGAGGACUUUAAGAACGACGAGACGAAGAGACGGUGUGGCGCUUGUGGACAGCUGGCAGAUUGGGCUCCGAGGCCGGGCUCCAUACCGGAUCCUAACCUUGCCGUGUGA